UGUGUUUAGUUACUUUCUCCUCAGUUGCUCUGUUCUCACACACCGCAUUUCUUAGUUACUAGUGUCUCAUCAAACAAACAGUGCAUUCUCUCUCUUUUCCAUCAUUCUAUUGGUCUUUCCUUUCUCCUUUUUCACCUUCACACUUUGACUAACAUUUCCUUUGGCGCUCCUUCCAAAGAUUCCAUCAACCUUUCUCUCUAGCUCCUUCUUUCUUAUCCUUCAUAGCAUUUGGAUUUUGGAAGCAAGAGCAGAGAGUUGCAGAGUGUGGCAGAGACCAUGGCAGCUCCAAAACCAGAGGAGAUAAGCCACCCACCAAUGGAUCAACUUCAAGGCUUGGAGUACUGUAUAGAUUCAAACCCUUCAUGGGUGGAGUCAAUAGCUCUGGGUUUCCAGCAUUACAUUUUGGCCUUGGGAACUGCAGUGAUGAUUCCUUCAUUUCUUGUGCCUCUGAUGGGUGGAAGUGAUGAUGAUAAAGUGAGGGUGGUGCAGACACUGCUUUUUGUUGAAGGAAUUAAUACACUCCUGCAGACACUCUUUGGAACCCGGUUACCAACAGUGAUAGGUGGCUCUUAUGCAUUCAUGGUCCCCAUCAUCUCCAUAAUUCAUGAUUCCUCAUUGGCAACAAUCGAGGACUCACAUUUGAGAUUUCUGAAGACCAUGAGAGCAGUUCAAGGUGCAAUGAUAGUAGCAUCGAGUUUACAAAUUAUUUUGGGAUUUAGUCAAGCAUGGGCCAUUUGUUCUAGGUUUUUCAGCCCACUUGGAAUGGUUCCAGUAAUUGCAUUAGCUGGUUUUGGGUUAUUUGACCGAGGGUUCCCUGUGGUUGGGCAUUGCGUUGAAAUUGGAAUUCCAAUGUUAAUUAUGUUUAUAGCCUUCUCGCAGUACUUGAAAAAAUUUCAAGUAAAACAACUACCAAUAUUAGAGCGAUUUGCGCUUCUUAUAUCAACCACAAUGAUAUGGGCAUAUGCACAUCUCUUAACUGCAAGUGGAGCAUACAAACACAGGCCUGAAUUAACCCAAUAUAAUUGCAGAACAGACAGGGCCAACCUCAUCUCUUCUGCUCCAUGGAUAAGGAUCCCAUACCCUCUUGAAUGGGGUGCUCCCACAUUUGAUGCUGGUCAUGCUUUUGCCAUGAUGGCUGCUGUUUUAGUCUCCUUAAUUGAGUCAACUGGGGCAUACAAAGCUGCGUCUCGACUUGCAAGUGCAACACCACCUCCUCCUCAUGUUCUGAGCCGCGGUAUUGGCUGGCAGGGAAUUGGAAUCUUGCUUAAUGGUCUUUUUGGAACUCUGACUGGUUCAUCAGUUUCAGUGGAGAAUGUGGGGCUUCUAGGAAGCACUCGUGUUGGAAGUCGAAGGGUCAUUCAAAUUUCAGCUGGCUUUAUGAUUUUCUUCUCAAUGUUUGGAAAAUUUGGAGCUUUAUUUGCAUCAAUACCCUUCCCCGUUUUUGCUGCUGCAUACUGUGUCCUAUUUGGCCUUGUGGCUUCUGUGGGACUAUCAUUUUUGCAGUUCACUAACAUGAACUCAUUGAGGAACCUCUUUAUUACUGGUGUUUCCCUUUUCUUAGGUUUUUCUAUUCCUGAGUACUUCAGAGAAUACACUUCCAAGGCCCUUCAUGGUCCUACUCAUACAAGUGCUGGAUGGUUCAAUGAUUUCCUUAAUACCAUCUUCUUCUCGUCCUCAACUGUUGCAUUCAUUGCUGCUGUGUUCUUGGACAACACUCUUGAUUACAAGGAUAGUGCCAAAGACAGGGGAAUGCCAUGGUGGGCCAAGUUUAGAACAUUCAAUGGAGAUAGCCGGAAUGAAGAGUUCUACACCCUCCCUUUCAACCUCCAUCGGUUUUUCCCUCCAUCUUAAUUAAGAAAGUUAUAUAUCAUAAAAAGAAUGAUGUUAUAGUGGAAAAGUAUCAUUUCCAGAUAAGGAUUAACUUCUCAUGUGUGAGAGUGAAUAGUGAUAAUUUUGUAUCAUAUUAGUGAAUUUUUUAUGAGGAAAAUGAUCAUGAGUUUGAGAUAGA